CGGAAGGGAGCUCUGUUUUACCUUUUAACUUAAAAUGGCUCUUAUUAUUUUGUGUUUGGGGUAUGUCACAGUCUCGGGGUGCGGUUUCGUGGGAAAGAGAAGACAAAGGAGGAGGAUAUAGGGGAGACAGGCUAGGCAGGCCUGCAGGGCAAAGUUGAGGAAGGGCCGCUGCUGCUGCCGGUUCCCUUAGUCGUGCCCUUCCAGCCCAGGCAUCUAAGCCAUGGCGCGGGCACCGGGAGCCGGACGGACGCUGUUGCUUCUUCCUGUUGCACAUGGACCCCCUCAGGGUAAACAGCUGUGUGAAGAGCAAUGAGCAUGUCCUGGAAGAGUUGGAAACAGAAGGGGAGAGGCAGCUGAAAAGCCUCCUUCAGCAUCAACUUGACACCUCUGUGUCCAUUGAGGAAUGUGUAUCUAAGAAAGAGAGCUUUGCUCCUGGUACUAUGUACAAGCCCUUUGGGAAGGAAGCAGCUGGGACUAUGACUUUGUCCCAGUUCCAAACACUGCAUGAGAAGGACCAGGAAGCUGCUUCUCUCAGGGAACUAGGGCUCAAUGAAACAGAAAUCUUGAUCUGGAAGAGCCAUGUUUCAGGUGAAAAGAGGACAAGACUGAGGGCAACCCCUGAAGCAAUACAGAACUGUCUUCAAGAUAUUGAAGAAAGGAUAUCAGAGCAUCAUCGCAUCCUUUGCCUGCCGCAGAGAUUUGCAAAGAGCAAACAGCUGACCCGGCGAGAAAUGGAAAUAGAAAAGUCUUUAUUUCAGGGAACUGAUCGUCACUCCUUCCUUAAGGCUCUUUAUUAUCAAGAUGAACCCCAAAAGAAGAACAAAGGUGAUCCCAUGAACAACCUGGAAAGUUUUUACCAAGAGAUGAUAAUGAAAAAACGUCUUGAAGAGUUCCAUCUUAUGAGAGGUGAACCCUUUGCUUCCCACUCACUGGUCUCAGCUACAUCAGUGGGAGAUAGUGGCACAGCUGAGAACCCGCCAUUACUCCAGGACAAGGGAGAACAGGCAGCACAGGGUAAAAGUCCCAGUCUCCAUGUGGCAAAAGUUAUUGAUAAUUCACCUGAGCAGUGUUGGACUGGGCCUAAGAAGCUGACGCAGCCAAUAGAAUUUGUCCCAGAAGAUGAGAUCCAGAGAAAUCGUUUGUCAGAGGAGGAGAUCCGAAAAAUUCCUAUGUUUUCUUCAUAUAAUCCAGGGGAGCCAAACAAGGUGUUAUACCUGAAGAACCUUAGCUCUCGGGUGACUGAAAGAGAUCUUGUCUCAUUGUUCGCUCGGUUCCAGGAGAAAAAAGGACCUCCAGUUCAAUUCAGAAUGAUGACUGGACGAAUGAGGGGACAGGCUUUUAUCACCUUUCCCAAUAAGGAGAAGGCAUGGCAAGCGUUUCAUCUAGUAAAUGGAUAUAAACUACAUGGGAAAAUAUUGGUAAUAGAAUUUGGAAAGAACAAAAAGGAACAGUCAGAUCUCCAGGCUGUGUCUCUCAUAUCAUCUGCUACAGAAAGCACUACAGAAAUUAGUGGUAGCUAGAAGAUAUAUACAUUGUGAUCCCAGGAGGUAUUUCUCGCAUCAGAAUCUCUGAUCUAGGAUUUCUAUAUAGAUAGCAGUUUGUUUGGAAUUGAAGAAGAGAAAAAUCUAAUUAAGAUAAUCCCUUUAGCUUUUAGAAAGAAUUGGUAGAAAGCAUUUUUAUAAUCAAAGAUUCUAUAGGACAGACAAGAUGCUGAGUCUGAAGUGUAUGGUAUAGAGAGUAUCAUUUUUUGAGAUAAAUUAUAAGGGAUUAUUUCCAAGGAUUUAACAAAAUAUUUAUAGUUUAUCUGUGGUUUUAAAGACUUGUCCCUUGAGAUAAUAUUGUUUCUAAGACUGUCUCCUAUAUACAAAACUAAAAACCUAAAUGUUGGAAUAUUUAUCUAUUAGAACCCAUUUGUCCCUAAUUGUAUUUAUGUAGUAAAUAAAUCACCAUGGCCCCAGGUCUAAACAUCAAUAAAUGCUGUUAAAUGAGAACUAUCAGCAAUAACAGUAGUUUCAUAAGUCAGUACACAUAUUUAAUGAAUACUUCCCAUUAAGUUAUCAAUGGUUUCAAAAAGCUAUAUAUUUUUCUAAUGAAAGCAUCUAGAUGUAAAUAUUGAUGUUCUCCUAGUCAGUUAUAGCUAGCUACCACUGAGUAAUUGAAUUCAAAGCAAUAACAAUCAGAUAAGCAUCCAAUAUAUGUUAGGUAUUAGGUAUAUGCAUUUAAGAGGAACAUACUAGCAAAAAAUACUAAAGGGCAGAUGGGAGGAAAGAGUCCUCUAGAAGAGAGGCAGCCAAUCCCAAAUACCCCAGUUGUUGAUUUAUAGUUGCUGAAGAAUAGAAAGACAAUAGGGUAUAGAGAAGGUAGUACAAACUUUGGACUCAAACCUGUGUUUGAAUUUCACAGCCAUACUUAUCACUCCAUAACCUUGGCAAGUCACUUAACCUGAACCUCAGUUUUCUCAUCUAUAAAUUGAGGAAAAUAAUACUACUUACCUUGCUGGGUAGUGAGAAUUCAAUGAGAUGGUAUUAUCCAGAUUAAAGAGCAGGAAAAAAAAAAA